GUACGUUCCGAUUGUUUAUGGUGUGUGAAGAAAUUCCUUCGCAAAAUGCUGCGCUGCGAAGGUACAAACGUGUGUAAAUGCUGCACCAAAACUGUGGAUACUUGGAAGAACGUUAGUGAAAAGAUGGUUAUUGGAGAGCAAGAAUUGAUAAUAGUUGAUAUGUUUAGAAUCUUCCACUUACCCGAGGAUAUGUGGAUCGUUGAAAACGAUAUUGUUUGCAGUAACUGUUUGCAGCAGCUCAAAUAUUGUUAUCAAUUUCAUGACACAAUAUUAUCCAAUUUGGCAGCAAUACAAAAGAUGCCUACCGUGCAAAGUAUGUGUGCUCCGGAAGAUGUAUCAAACCGCUGCACCAUAUGUGAGGCAUGCUUCGAGUCUAAACUAGAAUUAGAAAGACACCUUAAACUGUUCCAUCCUUCCCCGAAGAAUCCUUCGUACCACUGCAAGCCGUGUGAUAAAUCGUUCAAAACAAACCGUGGAAUGCUGCAGCAUAAAACAAUGUAUCACGACUCGUCCGAGGCGUACAUGUGCCAAAUAUGUGAUCGCCACUUUAUCACCAAAACCAACUACGAGAACCACAUGCGCUACCAUCAGGAUUUCCUGUGCAACUUUUGCAACGCCUGCUGGGUUUCCGAGCGCACUCUACUCGAUCAUGUGCGCGCGGCCCACUUGGAUCGUUUCUUUGUAUGUCGGUUCUGUGAUCGAACGGAGCGUCUUAAAAAGUGUCUGAAUCGGCACCUUCGAACGUCGCACCAGCAGGAAAGCAAUCCGUAUUACUGUGGACACUGCGCUAAGGAGAGCAUGGUGUACGACAGCUUCGAAGCGGCGAUAGAGCAUGUUCAAGAUAAGCACACCCACGAUGAAGACAUCAAUGAUCAUUCCGCUACGACGGAUGGCUACGAGGGCCUGUUGAAUGGAUCUAUUUUUUCCAAAGAACUCCCGCAGCUUGAUUUCCAAGACACCGACGAAUUGGUUAAGGAGCAGGAACAGUUCCUCCAAAAUCUUCAGCUUACGCGAAAUUAUGCCAAAGAGAAAGCGUCUCCUGCGCACCAACACGAAACGCGAAUCGAUCGACGGGUAGUGCUGGAGGACUUUCUGGAUGAAGCGUUCGAAAAUGAUGAGAUAUGGGAGAAGUAUAUAGAGAAUGGAGAGGAGUACCUGAUAGAUGAUUACGACAUUUACCUUCAGGGAAUGGAUGGCACUGGCAGCCAGCCGAAUCCUUGCAUGUACCGCUGUCCGAAGUGCGAUCGUGGCUUUCAGAAACAGAUCCACUUGACGGUUCACUUGGCGGAAGAACAUGACAUGGCCAGUCUGGUGUGCAAUGACUGUGAGGCAAGCUUUACGCGUCUGCACGCAUAUCGAGCGCAUCGCAAGGAACACCUAAAGGAGAAUGUUCGCUUCCGCGAAAGUAACAUCCCGGAAAUGGAGGAAGCACUCUCGUUGGUGCAAAAUACCCCGGUGGACUACUCGGUGCAGGAGGAAGAAAACGGCUACCGGUUCAUCUGCAAACUAUGUGACCGUACCUUCCAGCGAAAGCACAAUCUGGAAAAGCACCACUGCCGGUUCUACGAACAACUGGAGCAAGAGAGUGAUGCAACGAGCAAGAAGCACCAACAAUGUCCCCAUUGCGACUUCCGAUCGCAUUCCGGAAAGGAUCUCUAUCUACACCAGAAAACACAUCAUAAUGCUAGCAGCAUCAACGCGCUUAGUCCGGAAAAUAUCUACUGCAUGCUGUGUGAUCGUCGGUUUAGUUCCACCUCCGGUUUGAAGUACCACAUGAAGCGCCACACGGGCAUCAAGGCAUUCACGUGUAUGUACUGCGGGAAAAAGUUCACGGCCAACACGAACCUUAACGCGCACAUCCGAAAUGUGCACAGCGAGCAGAAGGCACACCGGUGCACCGAAUGUGGAGAAGCGUUCGCGACGAAGGAUCAUCUCAAUAAGCAUGAGCGCUCCCGGCACCGACAGGAUCGGGCCUUCGUUUGUAGUGAAUGCGGAAAGAGCUACUAUCAGCGAUCGCACCUGAACGAACAUAUAGCCGCAUCCCAUCGCGAGUGUCGCUAUAUGUGCCAGGUCUGCAACAGCUCAUACGUCUCCCGAAGCUCUUUGAAACGGCACCAGCUGCUAAAGCAUUCAUAGGAUGUUCAGUUAUCAAAAGAUUUCCUAAUGAACUGGAAGUUAAUUUUACAAAAUUUUUGGUUGCAAGAAAAAUUUUUUAAGCGUGUUAUUGCACUUAAAGUAAUUACGAAUUAUUUAAAAUGAUAUUUCUUUUUGAAAGAGGAAAUUUAUUUUUGAAAGCGAAUGUAAUGGAAUGCCCAAACAUCGAUAAUAAAACAAAAUUAU